GCCAGAGUUAGAGAAGUAUGCUGCUAUUUCAAAUACAACUCGUAUUCUGUGCAUUGUGUAUUACACAGAGCCAGGGAAGAAACAUAAUUUUAACAGGAGACGAUGCCACUAAAAACCUAGAAAACUUUGCAUUUGACUUCAAGUUCAGGAUUGGAAGUAACAUCGUUUCCGUUAAUGAACCAUUCAGUUCAAUGAAAUUUUCCAACCCAGAGCCGUCCAGUCUACCGGUAAUAAAAUACAAAAAGGACGGAGAUUGGAUUCUUGUUUUCAAAGCCCAGAGUUUGACAGGAAUUUCUCCCUUUGAAAUAUACAAGUCAGAGGGUGUUCGGCACGAAUUCUGGGGUUCAUUUCCUGAACGUUGUACUGAUCUGGCUAAAGUAUCAGGAUGUUUCACGCCAUACAGAACUGGUUUGAUCGACAGCUGGGAAAAACUAGACAUUCAACAGGUUCGAUUUUUGGUUAUUAUCAAUAGUGAAAUUAAAAGAGAAAUUAUUUUUGACGGAAAAAACAGCACCAGCACCGACUGGUUUUCUAGUCGGCGGAUUCUGAGUUCAUCUUGGACGGAUCUAACAGCAACUCAAACAUACAAUCUCUUCUCUCUACAAGGGAUACAAGAUGGAAGAGUGAACAGACACUGGUCAAUUUCUCAUAAUUUUGGAGGAUGUCCAAAUGACAGAGCCUGGUUUACCACCUCAUUUUAUCCUCCAACCGGAUGUGCCUUUGAUAAACGAGAAUCGGCGAUGCCUAACUUUGUCGUCUGUCCUGGAACAACAAUGUGCAAUAUGCAAAGAGAGUCGAUCAAUGCGGACGCCUUCGCUAUCCAGAUAAAAGCUAAAAACAAGUUGCCGAUGAUCUAGAUGAUGGAAUGAAUCAAAGAUGAUUACUCUAAAAAAGUGACAGAUGUCUAAUGACGUAUUUUUAUACCUUGGGCCUUAAAGACUACAUAUGUAUCUAAUGAAAAGGAUAUAAAAAGUCAAAUUGAAAUGCUGAGCGAAAAUAAGUAUUAAUUCAAUGAUGAAUUUUCGACAAAUUGAUUUGUCACUUGUUUUGCUGCAUGAUCGGAAUCUUAUCAUUUUGAAACAAGAACAAAUCAUGUGAAAACAUUUUGAUAAAAUAUAUGAUACAUAUUCAAUAUCAGCCUGUUUGAAAUAACAUUACAAGACCUCAAGUUUAUAUUUUGUACAGUUCUUGAAAAAUAAACGUGUACAAAAUGUUACCCUUUCCUGAAAAAUAUGUAAUGUACAUGUAUAUGUACAAUAUACAGGCAAUAAAAUCCAUGGCAAUACAUAGAA